AGAGAAUAGAGGUGGGCCAAGGCGAAGGAAUUCACUCUGAAAGAAAAAAGCAACCAGGAAGUCUCCGACGGUUCUUGAAGGGCAGAACACAAGUAGCAAAACUGUUUAAAUUUCGCUGUAACGACAGGAAUUGGAAGUGAAGUCGGUUUGUAUAUUGAAUCGACGACUUCGACUCUGACAAUAUGGGUGUUGGAGACAAUAAUCCUAGCGCUAUGGAGGAGGGAGGCGAUGAGGAGAAGAUUGUGGAGGUGAGCAAAUACCAAAGCCUCAGUGAGCAGGUGGACGGGGUCAAGAAUAUCAUGACCCAGAACGUGGACCGCAUCUUGGCCCGUGGUGAGAGGCUGGAUGACCUGAUGGACAAAUCAGAAGACCUUCAAGCAGGAGCCCAGAACUUCAAGCAGACGUCUCAGAAGGUGGCGCGAUCAUACUGGUGGAAGAAUGUGAAGAUCGUCGUGGUCAUCAUUGUCAUUGUGAUCAUCAUUAUCCUCAUCAUUGUCCUCUUGGCCACAGGAGUCAUUCCAGUCAGCAACCCAGUUCCACCACCACCCACAAUCCCACCCAAUUAAGCACACUCUGUCCCCAUAUUUUAAUUUCUCCCUCUCGUUCUCCAUUUUUCUGUUUCCUGUUUCUCUCUCUCUUCUAAUGCAUAUGCAUACAUGUAGUUUUUGCACAUUUGCUUACACCUUCAACUGUCAUAUGGUGGCACUUUCACAACUAACAGAGUGAAAGCGUCUGACCAAUGCCAGUGCUCACUUAACAUCAUUAGCUCAGACCACAAUUUUUCCUCAUUUAAAGCAUUGGUACACAUACUUCUCAGAGUGCAGUUGUUAAGAAGCUAAGCUAAGAGCUAGAAUGAGUGAUGCAUGCUGUGGCCUGUACAUUGCCCCUUCAGCAGGAUAAGAUGAAUGAUAUUGUUUUAUAUUUUCAGUGGCAAAUUAUGUUACUUUGUUGAAAAGACAAAUCAAUAAUGUGUUACCUUUGUUUCUGAAGGUGCCUGUAAUUUGCACACAGAAGUGUGUAAAGCUUCUGAAAGGUUAGUAGAACAUGAUGUCUUUCAUGAUGUUACACGGAGGGUUUUCUGUGUCCUGAAUGUCAUUGCACCCAUCCCUCUCCUGGGCUUUUUAAACAAGUUUAGCUUUGUUUUGAUUAAAUUAAGCUUUCAUAGCUGGAAUUUUUUAGCUAAGUUGACCACUUGAGAUUUGUAGUCACAUAUGUAAGAGGAAGAACACAACAACAUUGUGUGUGUGUGUGUCUGUGUGUCUGUGUGUGUGUGUGACCACAGCUUGGUGAAAGACAGGUCCAUUGUGUGGUAGUUGGGCGAGAAAUGACAUGAAGGAACAUUUUGUUAUCUGGAAAGCACUGUUACUUCUCCAAGGUUCUCUCUCAAGGUUGACCUCCUAAUCAUGGCGAAAAUCUAGUCUGAGAACUCCAAACCCAUGACUAUAGGCCAGCACUAGAUUGUUAUAUAGUUAUGUUUUCAUUUAGACAAACUAAUUCAGAUGGACUUUAAUUCGAUUAAAUCAGACUGGUCUGCGUGUUCUUAUGUCACUUGAUGACAUUUGUAUAGCUAGAGAUGCCUUUGCUUGUAUAUGUAAAUCAACUUCAAUGUGUUUGAAUUGGUUGCCCGUGUAAGAUUCAACUGUGGAGAUUCCAAGUUAUUUAUGUAUGUUUGUUUUCAUCUCUGUCCCAACAAUUUUUGUUUUAAUUUCCAGCAUGAGUAAUAAUCUUUUAAUAACCUAAAGAAAAUUUGAUAAUUCAUACAAUUAAUCUUGAUGUGCCUUACCUAGAGAUCUGUCCAUGUUUCAAAAUAAAGUUUGAAAUUAUGAAACGUUA